AUGUUGAUGGAUCGAGUCGUUCAAAUGUGGUCCAUGCACCUUGGCCAUUGUCUUUGGUUAGUGUUCCAUGUUGUUCCACCUUUUCCAGGUCCAACUCUUGCUCUUGCUCUGCACGCUGUAUCUUAUCCAUUGAUCACACAAAGGAAUCGUUGGCACAUCUUGACUCACAAUACCAGUGGAACCACCUCCUUCGUCUUCGCUUUCGCCUUCGCCCACUCGGAAAUGGUACGAACAUAUUACCAGAAUAAUGCCAGCUCAUUAGGAGGUACAUUCGGUGGUGGAGGGGACGAACCCAAAUAUGGUCGGAGAGCCUCCUCCAAAAGGGUAAGCCAGCCCACAUACCAAUACUCAAGGCUGACCUUUUCCCCAGCCCCCUUUUCGACAUUGUGUGCGAGUUGGCUUUUGUGUUUUUUUUGGGCCCUAUUGUUUCAGAGUGAGUUUGCAGUGAGUGAUUUGGAUUCCUUGUCCUCUCCUUCCUUGAGGUCGUUUACGAAGCGUGCACCUCAUGAGCUCUCGAACCAGCGCUUGUCAAACACCAAUUAUGGCCCUGAAAAAUAUCAAAACACUUCCGUUCUUUGCUGUGAUCAUUGCACUCUAAAAGCACACUCACCAAGGCCUUCUUUUGGCAACCCUGGAACGACUUUGGAACCCUUUGUACCGAGAUCUGUUCCUGGGACCAUUUCUCCUGGAAAUGUUUUCAUCCUUCCCACCAUCCCACAAUAUCAAGUUGCUCCAUCUGGGUUGUCAUUAGGUGGUCUUAAUCUUGGCCUUUGCCAGGGAUGCCAUCAUGUCUACGGUCAGAACCAAAAAAAGAAUGGUCAACAUGGGUCCAUGGACUUCGAAAUUCAAGCACGAACCAAUAACAUGAGAAGUGAUCCUGGAGGCUCAAAUGGAAUAAAAUCCUCCACCAGCGACGGACACCUUUCCAGGAACAAUCGCUCCCAUUCGCUCCCACAUAAUUCCUAUGAUGAUUUUGACAUGAGAAUGGGCUUAACAGAACUGACAGGAACCCUCCAAAGGCUGCAAAAUGUCACGGAUGAUAACAUCAUGGACGAGAGUGAUUACUCAGGGGGUGGACAUUACUUGCCCGAGCCAGGCACCAGUACUCCCUUGGAAUUAGAUGAGUUCGCCCGGAAAUCUUGGUCAGCUCCUCAAGACAACGGCUUCAAUGGCUCUGGGGACAUUUUCAAAGGUCAGAAUAACUUGGAAUCAUCCAGAGGCCAAUCACAGCACUCGGUUACAAAUCAUCACCGAUAUCAGCAACAGCCUCCCCCAGAACCACCGACUCAGAAUAAUCGAAGACGCGGCCAAGGUCCACCGAGUAAAAGCGCUUACAGACGUGAAUUAGAGCAACAGAUGAAAGAGCAACAAGUCCGGAAGGACCACGAGAAUAAGCAAAUUCGGGCGGAAAAGUUUGGCAUGGACCAGGAUCCCAUGGACCAUUUGCACGGUCGAAACGGGACCACCAAGUCAGACCGAAGUGGGGGAUAUAGUCCAAGUUUGAUUGAAGGCCAACAGAGGCGAGCCCGGAGAGGCGGGAACGAACCACCCCCAGCUCAAAGUGGAGGGUCCAGGGCCGAUAUGGUGAUGCAAAUGGCCGAAGAAAGAGCUCGCCGAGAGCGAGAUAAAAAAGACGACGGUCGGGAUUGGUGGGAGAAAAGAAAAGAACCGGAUCAUUUUGGCGAGUCACCUACAAAGCCUCAUCCAGCGCAGGAAAAACCGACGAGAGCCAGACAGCAGCCCAAACAAGAUCGAAUGUCGUAUGAAGACGAAUUGAAGGCCCAGAUCGAGGACCGGAAACGCCGAGACGAGGAGGAGAAACGGAAGGAACGCGAAGAGGACGAGAAACUGGAGAGGAGGUUGCGCGAACAACAGGAGAAAAUGAACGCCGAAAUUCAAGAGGAGAAAGCCCGGAAGCGUCAAAAGGAGGAAGCAAAUGCCAAGCGUCAGGAGGAGAUGUCCAGGAAGAAACGGGAAAUGGAGGCCCAAGUGGAACGGGCUCGGAAAGAGGCGGCUGACCUGAAAUUCAAGGAAAAGAAGGCAGCCGCCAAGCUCGCCAAUCAAGCCGCCCGAGAACAGACCCCAAGUCCGGAGCCUACGGAAGAAUUUGUCCCAUUCCGGAGUGACUCCCCGCCCAUUCCAGCCAUGCGAGGGAAAGCGGGACUGCCCCCCAGUGGUGCCCCCAACGACGAUUCGGAGGCCAUCGCCAACCAAUUAAGCACCAUGCGACAACAAUUGGACCGACAGCAAGAAGAACACGACUCCGUUUGGAACGGCUUGGUGGAGGUGUAAUGGGUUGUCAUUCGGUUCGAUCGAAAUACAUUAUUCACUCGAAAUACAUGCCU